AUGAAAACACCUUCAAAAUCCAAGCUUUUCACAACCAUAUCAUCAUCACCAUUCUUUGCUUCGAUAGAGUCCACGGAACCAGCUGAGCCGGAAAAUCAAGGAGAGAAGUUUGACUGGUAUGCGAGUGGUAUCCGAGUCAUGCUAAUUUAUGAUUUGGACAAGAGGGUGCCAUAUGCAAAAAGUGUGAUGGGUCUUGAUAUUGUGGUGUGGUGGGAUAAAAUGAGACUAUAUGGAAAGUCUUUAAUGAUUCUUGUCCACACGGGUUAUCUUUCCGAGAAGCUUCGUAUGGGCAAUCUGGAGUGCAAAGAUGAGGUUAUAGUGGAUUUAUUUACUGGAAUAAGAUAUUUCACAUUGCCAUUUCUUGUUAGGGCUAAAGGAAAAUUGGUUUAUGCUUGUGAAUGGAAUCCUCAUGCUAUUGAGGCACUAAGACAUAAUCUUGAAGCAAAUGCUCGUCUCCGGUCGGUGGAAUUGCUAAUCGAUUUUGUCUUGGUCUUCUUCCAACAAGUGAGGGCGGUUAGACUACUGCUUGUUAGGGCAUUAAAGCCAAAGCGAAACAAGUUUAUACUUGUGAAUGGAAUCCCUAUGCUUGUUGAGGCACUCGAGACAUAA